AUGGCCCAUCGCCCGUCGCCCGCCGCCCGCCCGCCGCCCGCCGCCAUGAGGCGCGGGGGCCCCGCCGCCAUCGCCGCCUGCCUCGCCGGGGCACUCGCCGUGCUGGCGGGGCCGGGGCCGGGGCCGGGCAGUGCCACCGGGACCGGCCGGCGGCCCCCCCGCAGCUACGGGCAUCUGGAGGGCGACGUGCGCUGGCGGCGGCUCUUCUCCGCCACCCGCUUCUUCCUGCGCAUCGACGGCGGCGGCGGCGUGGAGGGAACGCGCUGGAGGGAGCGGCCGGGCAGCAUCGUCGAGAUCCGAUCAGUGCGUGUCGGCGUCGUGGCCAUCCGGGCAGUGCACACCGGCUUCUACCUGGCCAUGAACAAGCGGGGGAGGCUCUACGGGUCGAAGGAGUUCAGCCCCAACUGCAAGUUCACGGAGCGCAUCGAAGAGAACGGCUACAACACCUACGCGUCGCUGCACUGGCGGCACCGCGGCCGCCCCAUGUUCCUCUCGCUCAAUAGCAAGGGCAGGCCACGGCAAGGGGGCAAGACACGCCGGCAGCACCUCUCCACACACUUCCUCCCCAUGCUCGUCAGCUGAACGCCGCGGGCAGCUCCAGACGGUCCUGUAGGAAAAACAAACAAACAAACAAAAAGGGUUCUUUUAUUUAUGUACA